AUGUCUAGGAUGAUUUUUCUGUUCCUUAUUCCCGUGGUCACUUCUUGUAUUCCAACUCAACAAAUUGAAACGACAACGACAACAACUACCACAACAACCACGACUAUGACUACCACUACAACUACUGAAAUGCCGUGUCCAACUGACUGGGAAAAGUUUGAACGCCCUAGCGGGCCAUGGUGUGUCAAGCUAUUUGUUGGGCUAUAUUUACAAGGAAAUCGUAACGAAGCAAGUGCCCGUUGUGCUGCAGAGGGAGCAGUUCUCAGUGGAGUUCAAAAUCAAGCAGAAUUGAACGCUAUGACUAGACAAUUCACAAAGUUGAGAUACGGUUAUUUCUGGGUUGGUGCAAUGAGAAAAACGUCAUGUUUAAUGUCGCAGCUGACGGCGACAUGUACUGCACUGAAUUCUUUUGAAUGGACAGAUGGCUCAACCACGGGUACAGAUGGAUUUAUUUGGAAGACCGGAGAUCCAAACAACUACCUAUAUAAUCUCUAUGACGAACCCUGCGUUGCUGUAGAUGUUAACCUGAUGAAGGAUAUAGCAUGAACUCGAACUGAUGUAACUGGAUAUGCUUGUGGAAAACCAUUACAGUUAAUCAUCGGCAUAAUUAAGCAACUUCCGAACAGUAAACCGACAACUUUUCAGUUGUAUUUAGUGAUUGCUAUUUCCCUGAUUAUUUGAUUGUACAUUUUUUACUGUGGAAGUUAAUUUUCACAAUUUUGAUAAUGGUUAAUAAAUGCUACAAACCUCAGA